UGGCUUCAUAAAAUAAGUUGGAAAGUUCUUUUAUUUUGUGGGAAAAGGUUGUAUAAAAUUGGUGUUAAUUAAAAAAAAAAUUUGGUAGUGUUCUCCAGGGAAACCAUUGCCUGGAGAUUUCAGUUUUGAGAGUCUUAAAGUUAUGAAUUAUAGCUGUAUAUUUACAUAGCUAUGUGAUACCCAUAUAUCUGACUAGAGAAAUAUUUUGAAUACUUUAGCAGAGGAAGGAUGUCAGAGAGAAUCAUGCCCCACCCUCUUGUGCCACCCCACUGCAGCUGGCUCUUUUCCUUUUCACCCCUGGGGUGAUUGCAAAAUUGAGUGGGGAGGGUAAGAGGCCUUCCUGUGGGUACCCCAGGUGUUUCCUUGUAGGGCGGGUCGUGGAUGCCAAGAGUAGGAUGGAGGUGUAUCACUGGGGUCCUACAUUAGAGAAGCAAGGGCAUCAGCCCCCCAUCCCCUCAUGGUCACAGGGCUUGAUAAUGAACAACAGGUGCCAAUCUGGACACAGGCACAGAGAUGAAAAGGCCCCUGGUGAGGGCCCCAGUUCCCCCCACACUGUGCUACUGAUGUUAUCACUGUGGUUGUAACAGCAAAGGGAGGCAGGUGUUAGGGACUAAAAGAGAGCUGUGUCAAAGUGGGAGGAGAAGAACCACAGCAGAAGAUCCAGACUGCACCCUUGGCUGCAUGCAGGGAUGAAUCCCAGGACUGCCCACCUCCUUAGGAGUGCAGCUUCAGUUUCACAGGUCUCUUUGAUUCUGUGUGAAAACCAUAGACCCACUGUGUGCACACCCUGGGCACACCACACACCUGUGUGAGCAGAUGAUUGUGUCCCAGCUGCCUCAGGGGCCUGCAGUCUGCCUGGAGUGGAGUCUACCAUCUGGCUUGGUGCCCUUCUGGAUUGGACUCCUUCCACAGCAGACCUGAGCCUGUAUUUCCCAGCUGGCAGCUGACUCCCCAUUUGAUUUUUGGGGGAUGUGAAGGGAUGUGCUUUGGUACCUGAGUGGCAAUAGUGGAAGGAGGUAAUGAGAAAGGGGCCGGAACCUGCAUGGGUUUAGUCACAUGGUCAGUGGCAGAGUCAAGGCCUGCAUCUAGGUGGAUCUGACAUAAGAGUUGUAAAUAAUGUGCUUUAGUUUUCUCAUUUAUACAGUGGAGAAACCAAUGGUCCUUACUUCACAGUAUGAUCAUGAGGAUUAAGUGAGAUAAUCAUGUAACAAUGUAACACAUGGCCUAGAUAGAACAUGAUGGAGUGGCCAUCCUGCCUGCCCCUCAGAACCUCUCUGUACAAUCAACCAACAUGAAGCAUCUCUUGACGUGGAGCCCAGUGACGGUGCCUGGAGAAAUAAUAUACUAUUUCGUCGAGUACCAGGGAGAGUACGAGAGCCUGUACAUGAGCCACGUCUGGAUCCCCAGCAGCUGGUGCUCACCCACCAAAGGUCCUGAGUGUGACAUCACUGAUGACAUCACUGCCACUGUGCCAUACAAUCUCCGUGUCAGGGCCACCCAGGGCUCACAGACCUCAGCCUGGAGCACUCUGAAGCCUCCCUUCAAUCGAAAUUCAACCAUCCUUACCCCGCCUGGGAUGGAUGUCACCAAGGACGGCUUCCAUCUGGUUAUUAAGCUGGAAGACCUGGGGUCCCAGUUUGAGUUCCUUGUGGCUUACUGGAGGAGGGAGCCUGGUGCCAAGGAACAUGUCAAAGUGGUGAGGAGCAGGGGCAUUCCGGUGCACCUGGAAACCAUGGAACCAGGGGCUGCCUACUGUGUGAAGGUCCAGACAUUCGUGAAGGCCAUCGGGAGACACAGCCCUUUCAGCCAGACAGAAUGUGUCAAGGUGCAAGGAGAGACCCUCCCCCUGGCGCUGGCCCUGUUUGGGUUUGUUGGCUUCAUGCUGAUCCUCGUGGUUGUGCCCCUUUCCAUCUGGAAAAUGGGCCGGCUGCUCCGGCACUCCUGUUGUCCCGUGGUGGUGCUUCCCGACACCUUGAAAAUAACCAAUUCACCCCAGAAGUUAAUCAGCUGCAGGAGGGAAGAGGUGGAAGCCUGUGCCACUGCUAUGCUGUCUUCGGAGGAACCCUUCAGGACCUGGAUCUAGGCAGGCUUUGGAAGGGCCCAGUUGAAACUGAGAAGCUGGUUGGCAUGGCACAGAAAUAAGGAAGGGAAAGGCUGUGGAUCAGUUUUCCUCCAUGGACAAAGGACAAGAAAAGCAAGAAGAGCCUGCUGGGUCCAUGUCUAGAAGCGACUGUCAGAAGCAGAGUGGUUUGGUAGACAGAGCACUGAGUUGGGGUGAGAAGACGUGGCCUCUUAGAACUGGAUCUGUCUGCCAUUCACUGACCGAAUGACCUGGAGAAAGUGACUUGAAAUGGGGGAAUUCACUAUACAACCGUUAAACCACUAUAUAUAUAUGUAUAUGUAUAUCCAGCACUUGCAGAACUUUGGGAAGCUGGCAACACUGUACCUUGUGAUUGUUUCACCUUCUCUGCAGAAUAUAACAAGAGUAUAACAAGAAUGAUAAAAACUCUUCACAACGGCUGGCUUGGAGAUCCCACUUUCCUAGAGGAAACCUUGAAGAGGAAAGGAAGGAUGGGCACAGCAGUGUUGACUUCGCUUCCAGCCAAAUGCCUGUGCGGAGGUGAAUGGCUCAGCCAGCUCUACAAUACAUGACCUAGAGGGAGGCCCCAGGCCCAUGGAAAAUGGGAUGCUGUGGAUUCAUGAGAUACUGUAAAGAGUAAAUAAUGUGUGCAUACUAAAGGCAGGCAAAAUGUACGUGUACGAGGAGAGGAGAAUGCAGGAGGAUGUCAAUAAUGUGUGAUGUUUGCUGUGUUCCCUUUACCUGUAGAGUUGUUAAAGUAUAGAAUUAAAAAUAAAAAAGGGUCACCUUGGUAAUCUUUUUGGCUUCUUCCAAAAAAGUGGUCUUUGGGGUUCUAGCUACAUUAUCGACCUUGUGUCCAGAGAGGCUCCUGAAGACCACCGUUGGUCAUGAGUUGUGGGGGUGACCUCAGGUAGGGGAUGGGACAGGGAAGGAGAGCAGACAGCUUCUGGCUUCGUGAGAACCCUGACUGAUGCAGCCGGCCACAGCUUUACCUGGUCAGGGUGAUCCUGGAUCUUCCUGGAGGCCUUGCUCUACAGGAAAUCCCUUUGGGUACCUCUCCUGCCUAAGACAGCUUCACUCAAGGUGUCCUCAGCCCCUUCCAGCAUGUUCAUCCAUGACUCACCUCUGGAAGCCUCUUCCUGCCCUUCUCCCUACCAGGCGAGGAAAAGAGUCAGGGUUAGAGAAGGAAUAAAGAGGGAAGUUUCUUGAGAAGUAAAAUGUUUGAUGGGCAAGACCUGUGCCUCCCUUCUUAGCCCCCGCCCCCUCCCAGCUUUGGAGCCUCAGAGCUGGUUUGUCUCCAUGCCAAAUUCUUGGGCGCCUUCCAGCCAGCCCAGAGGUGGGGACAAUCUAACUGUUUCAACCAGAUAGUUUCCCCUACAAGAUAGAGGUCUACAACCCCCUCUCCACCCGGUGGGGUCUCAAGUAGCCAGAGGUGGACUCUCCAGAAAGAUGACAUUACAGAAGAUCUUUUCCUUUGUACCAUUUAUAUGCUUCUGUGUUGUUUGAUUCUUUCAUGAAGAGUAUGUGUUGAUUUUAUAUUUAGCCUAAAUUGGAGACAUAUUUUCAGUUUGUAAAAAUAAAGGCCAUCUUACUCUACUGGU